UAUUCCAUCUUCAUCUCCAUCGCCACAGGAAACGAAUGUGCUCCUAGCUAUGUGGCCGCUCUUGCGAAAUGUCCUCCGUAUCACUCACGAAACCCUUGAGGCGUCUGCGCUUCCCGCUAGUGCCAUUCAAUAAGCCGUAUCGCGUAUCCCAACGAAGCCUCCAUCUUGCGCCGCCGUGGCUCCUUGAUGAUUACAUCCCGCGCUACCACCUAAUAUCGUCUCUCGACGCGGCGAAGAAGCGAUCGCUUGCCUACGCACACCUCCGCGAGUGUAAUCUGUGUCCCCGGAAGUGUGGUGUGAAUCGAUAUGAGAAAUCGGGCAUGUGUCUGGUUGGUGCACAAACUGUCAAAGUGAACACCAUCGCGCCGCAUUUUGGAGAAGAACCAUGCUUCCAAGGCCACAAUGGGUCGGGCUCUGUCUUCUUCAGCGGUUGUAACCUGCGCUGCUCAUUUUGCCAGAACUGGGAUAUCUCGCACCAGCUGAAUGGCUUCGAUCUUACACCCGAAGAGCUCGCAGAAUGGUACAUGAAACUGCAGGAAGUGGGACGAGUCCACAAUAUCAACCUCGUUACACCCGAACACGUCGUCCCUCAAGUCGUUCUAUCCAUUCUCCAUGCCCGUGAGCUUGGCCUCCGACUGCCUAUAAUCUAUAAUACCUCCUCGUUUGAUUCAUUGGAAAGUCUGGAGUUGCUGGAUGGACUAGUGGAUAUUUAUCUUCCGGACUUCAAGGUCUGGACCGACAAGAGUAGUAAACGAUUGCUCAAGGCGGAUAAUUACACAGAGACCGCAAUGGAAAGUAUCAAGGCUAUGCAUGCGCAAGUAGGGGAUCUUUGCUUUACUGGCGAUGGUAUCGCGAAGAAGGGUGUUCUUGUUAGACAUCUGGUAAUGCCGGGCAUGGAGGAAGAGGGCAAACAGAUCGUAAAAUGGCUUGCAGAAAAUGUAAGCAAGGAUAUCAUGGUUCACAUCAUGGAGCAGUACUUCCCACGGGCGCAUGUAGGAAAGCCACUUCGCGGUAAAAAGGCAGGUGCCGAUGCGUCGUCAGACGCAACAGCGAAGGUAAGAUAUGAGGAGAUAAAUCGCCCUGUAGAUCUAAGCGAAGUGGAAUCCAUCAAAAAGGCGGCCCAAGAAGCGGGCAUCUGGCGCUUCGUUGAGGCAGCUAAGCACGGAGGGUUCAAUAUCUGAGUUUGGUCUGAUGUCGUGUUUACGCCAUUUGCAAAGGAGGGCAGGUACGUUCUUGCCCACCGCGUAUCACCUCACGCUUCACACAUCCU